CAUCACUGUGUGCUCUCUUCUCAGAGGGUAAAGUUCCAAAGACAUGAAGAAAAAACUCCUCUGAAUUUAUAGAACAAAAAAGCUCUUACCUUUAUAUCUCUCUGAUGGGUGGUUUAAUCGAUUUGAACGUUACUGAGGAAGAAGAAGAAGAGGAAACACUCUCUUCAGCUUCUGGGUCUCUCUCUCCUUCUAAUUCGUCUUCGUUAGCGUUUGCUCUAAGUGGGUCUUCUGGUGUUUGUCUUGAGCUGUGGCACGCUUGUGCUGGACCCCUUGUCUCUCUUCCCAAAAGAGGAAGCUUUGUGUUUUAUUUUCCUCAGGGACAUUUUGAACAAGCCUCCGAUUUCUCCGCCGUGAUUUACGGGUUGCCUCCUCACGUGUUCUGUCGUAUUCUUGAUGUUAAGCUUCAUGCAGAGAGAGAUGGUGAUGAAGUUUAUGCUCAAGUCUCUCUUCUUCCUGAGUCUGAGGACAUUGAGAGGAAAGUGCGUGAGGGAGUUGUAGAUGUUGAUGGGGGAGAGGAAGAUUAUGAAGUGUUUAAGAGGUCUAAUACUCCUCACAUGUUCUGUAAAACCCUUACUGCUUCUGAUACAAGCACUCAUGGAGGCUUCUCUGUUCCUCGCCGUGCGGCCGAGGAUUGCUUCCCUCCUCUGGACUAUAGCCAGCCCCGUCCUUCUCAGGAGCUUCUUGCCAGGGAUCUUCAUGGCCUAGAGUGGCGAUUUCGCCACAUCUAUCGAGGUCAUGAUGGCAAACUGCGUUUGGGAGUUAGAAGAGCUGCUCAAUUUGAAGGCGCUUCUGCUUUCUCAACUCAGUAUAAUCAGAAUAUGAAUCACAACAACUUCGCUGAAGUAGCUCAUGCCAUAUCUACCAAUAGCGCUUUCAACAUUUACUACAACCCCAAGUCAAGCUGGUCAAACUUCAUAGUCCCUGCACCCAAGUUCUUGAAGAUUGUUGACUAUCCAUUUUGUAUUGGUAUGAGAUUCAAAGCGAGGGUUGGGUCUGAAGAUGCCUCUGAGAGAAGAUCCCCUGGGAUUAUAACUGGAAUCAGCGACUUGGAUCCUAUCAGGUGGCCUGGUUCUAAAUGGAGAUGCCUUUUGGUAAGGUGGGACGACAAGGAGGCAAACAGGCAUCAUCAGCGCGUUUCACCAUGGGAGAUUGAACCAUCUGGUUCAGUCUCCAAUUCAGGCAGCUUCAUAACAACAGGUCCUAAAAGAAGCAGGAUUGGCUUUACUGACAUUCCUGUCUCUGAGGGGAUCCACGCCACAGACUUUGAGGAAUCACUAAGAUUCCAGAGGGUCUUGCAAGGUCAAGAAAAAUUUCCGGGUUUCAUCAACACCUCUUCUGAUGGUGGUGCUGGUGCCAGGAGAGGCCGGUUCAAAGGAACGGAGUUCAGUGACUCUUAUGGGUUUCAUAAUGUCUUACAAGGUCAAGAAACAGUUCCCGCCUACUCAAUGACCCCUCAUCAGCAGCAGGGGUUGAGCCAGGGGAACAUAUGGUGUGCCCCGUUUCAGAACUUUAGUAGCCGUAUCCUCCAGCCAUCUUCAGUUCAGGUGUCAUCAUCACCCUCUUCUGUCUUGAUAACCAACUCGAACAGUCCUAACGGUGGUCUGGAAGAUCAUCAUGGAGGUUCAGGCAGGUGCAGGCUGUUUGGUUUCCCACUGAGGGAUGAGCCUACUGCGAUGGUUGUCCCUUGCGUUGAAGGGGGGAAAGGUGUUUCUGAUGUUCAAAGCAAUCAUCAUCAUCACUCACAGGGGAGAGACAUGUAUGGCAUGAGAGAUAUGUUGCUAGACAUUGCUCUCUAGCGUUAUUUGGUUUUAUGUGUGUUUGUUUGCUUGCUUGCUUGCGCCUUAAGUAAGUUCUAUUUUUAGUUGAUUUGUUUUGAAGAUGACUUGCUAGCUUAACUUUCGGAUGUUACAAGUUGAUGACUUUUGUAAACUUGGUAGCUUCGUUCCAGAAUGGUUUUUAUUAAGUUGAAGUUAAA